UAUUAAAAGUGCGACGAACCGUAAUUCGAAUCUUGUGCAGGUUAAAGUAUCGUAAAGGAAGAUGCAGCUACAUCAAGCGUGUAGAAUUGUUCUAAUAUUGGCAAUAUUAGCAGUUACAUGUGAAUUCUCGUUGGGUAGUAAACAAUGCAAGACGAUCGUGAUGGACAUCCACAUGAAGAGAUGCAGACUCGGUGCUGAGAGAACCAAGAGAGGUCUGGAGAAAUUUGAUCUGCAAAAAUACGAUGAGAAGUACGGGACGAAAAGGCAGGAAGAGUCUGAUUAUUCGAAGAUGAAAGUCGAGUCUCAUACUGUUCCGCAGAAGAGGCAACUGUCACCCAUACAAGUCAGUAGUAUUGCUCUGCCGAUUGUCACAGGGGCUAUUAAUGGCGCCGCCAAAGCACGUUCUUACUCGAUUUCUGGGACAGAAUUUGAUCUCAGCCCGGGCUUAAUGAAUCCUGCUCUCGUUUGGCCAGGAUAUUAUCUCAGAUCUCCUUAUUCGUUCGGUGGGACCUUUUCACCCUUCAGCGCCCCGGCCAACGACGAUCUUGAUCUCUAUCUGAACAACGAAGAACUGGACGAAUUGUACAAUGAUAUCUACGAAAGGCUACCAAGAGCUCCGAAAGAAGAAGCUUGGAAGGUUUUUUUAGAAACAGCAUCGAAGUGCUGUCAAAAUGUCGACAAGUGUCUUAAGGAAACGAUGUACGUACCUUGUCUAGGAAAUAAGAUGUUUUAACAUGUUGACUGCAACGACAGUUACAUAUGAUCGACGUUAUUGAAAUUUUAAUAAGGAAUGGUUCUCCAACCUUUACUUACAUAACAUAAGAAGUUGAUCAAAUUUUGAGAAUAAGCUUAUGAUUAGCAUAUAGUAAGAUUGUUACUUUUGACAACUUCAAAUAUUCAAAGCUUCGAGUUUGAAGUUAAUUUUGAAGUUUCGAAGCUUUAAAUCCUUCCAAAGUUUUGAUUAUUUGAAGUUGUCAAAACCAAAAAUUAUAUCAACAUUGAAAAACUAAUAAGAAGAAAAGUUUAAAAAAUUUAAUUGCAAACACAAGAAUAUAAGAAUUUAAAAAGCUAUGCUUAAAAAUAGUGAAUUUUUUAAAUCUUUUUUUAAUUAAAAAAAAGAAAAUAAUAUUAUUCUUGUGUGAGAGUGUAAAAUGCUUAUAAAUUAUAUUAUUUUCUUUAAAUGACGUGACAUUAGUGAAAAUGUGACAAUGUCGCUUGUUAAUACACUUAAAUCAUAAAUAUUUCUUUUUGAACUUCUAUGUCACUAUUUAUUAAUAUUACAAAAAAAUAUUUUUAAGUAAAUUUUUAUUUUUAUUUUGUUCAUUAUUUAUUAUUAUAAAGAUGUUAAUCCCAAAAGUGUCCGUGUUAAAAAAUAUAUUAUUUUAUUUAAAAAGUCAUAGACUUUUCUUCACUUUUUUAAGUUGGAGUAAAUUGUAGAAAAAAUCUCAUUUAAUAUAAAAAUUAAAAUGACAAUAAUUGGAAUGUAAUUAGCUAGAUAAAAUAAACAUAUAAAAUGGAAAGUGCAGAAUUCAAUAUAUUAUCUAUAGAAUGUAGUCUUAUCUUAGUUACAUUACAUAUUAUUUUAUCAUUAAAUAUGCUUAUUUAAUAAAAAUCCUACUGUGGUAUUCAUGAUAAAAUGUACUAAAAUUGUUUGCCACGCAAACAUAUUAAGAAUUAAAAAUUGCACACAAAAAACCGAUUUUGCUGCAGGAAAAAUUUAGAAAUACAGAGUUAGAUACAAAUAUAAUAAUAAUUUUUUUACGUUUGUUGCAUCAAAUUUAUUUUCAAGUCUAUUUCUUUAAUUUUAUUUAAACUUCAAAUACUUCAGCAAAAUCGUUCAGCAAAUUCUUUCCAUCCAAUUACUUCAAGUUAAUUGAAGUUUCUUGAAGAAGAGCACACACACAUAUAUACAUAUAUGUAUAUAUACAAAGAUAAUAAAUAUAAUAUAAAAUUUAUUAUCUUAUUUCUUAGUCAAGUUUUUGUUUUUAUACAAAAUCGGGCGAAAUAAAUGAAACAUCAUUCAGUA